AUGGAUUGCGAGUUUCGCCUCAGAGAUUCAGAUGUUCUUAUAACGGAUAGUGUCCUUGAUUUUUCUAAGUAUUUAACAUCAUCAGAUUUACCUGCUAGUCCAGAAGAGUUCUUCGAUGAUUUGUUUGUUGAGGAAAAGACGGAGAAACCUCUUCCAUGCCCUGUCAAAAUAAAGGAGGAACCAUGUUAUUCAUCAGCUAGUUCCAGAUGUUCGACUCCAGAAUCAUUGCUUCCCGAGCACGAUUUUGAAAAUAUUGAUAUUCCCUCACCAAAGUUUUAUGGUAAUGAAUGCAGACAAGACAGCUUAGUUUAUCAGCUCCAAUCUGGAAAGACGAAUGUACAGCAAAACGAACCUCUACAUCAUAAACUUCACCAGGCCUUGACCCACUUCCAGGACUUGCAAGCAUCUCCUGCCCCCAGCGGCCCUAGGAAAGCAAAAUCUAGUCAAAAAGCGAGCAAAAGGAAGUCUUGUGACAAGUCGACUGAUGAGUAUCGAAUGAAGAGAGAGAGAAACAAUAUUGCUGUUCGCAAGAGCCGAAACAAGUCGAAGAUGAAGCACAUUGAGACCGAAGUCCGUGUGUCUCAACUGUCAGACCAGAAUGAUCAAUUGAGGAGCAAAGUUGUACUUUUGCAAAGAGAGUUAGCUGCUUUACGUAAUUUUGUAGCCUUAAAUGCCCCGGCCCUUGUUGCAAAGGCUCCAGGGUUUUUUAGCUCGGCUGUGCCGAAUAAUAUUGAUAACCCAAGUAUUUAUCUUAAUUGCACAGAUAAGUCGAAAAUCAUUAACGGUCGUGUCGAAAGAGUAUGCUAG